UGGAAAAGGGUCCUGCAGAAUUCAACGUACACAUUUCAAACAGGAAACCACAUCUGACUAGAAAAAAAUUAAAAUCUACUGGCUUUAUUUACAGUUUCAGAAUGCUAUCAAUGUUUAAAUCCAUCCCGACUCAUAUGGACUAUAAAGGACAGAAACUUGCAGAACAAAUUUUCCAAGGAAUCAUUCUAGUGUCAGCUGUGAUCGGAUUCAUCUAUGGUUUAACUAUUCAGCAGUUUGGGUGGACAGUUUACAUAAUGUUGGUCGGAUUUACAGUAUCCUGUCUGCUCACUCUGCCUCCCUGGCCGAUGUACAGGAGAAAUCCUCUGCAUUGGCAGCCAGCCAUACCUGAGACAUCUGGAGAGAACCGUGACAAACCUCAAGAGAACCUAAAGAAGAAAAAGCACAAGUGAUUCAUAGCAGUAUUUUAGU